AUGCUCCCCAGGUCCCUGGUUCUGUGGUUCUGCCUCUCCUGGCCGAGUGACAGCAGACACAGCAACCCUCUGCCACCUUCAGCAGGUGACAGCAGACACAGCAGCCCUCUGCCACCUUCAGCAGGUGACAGCAGACACAGCAGCCCUCUGCCACCUUCAGCAGGUGACAGCAGACACAGCAACCCUCUGCCACCUUCAGCAGGUGACAGCAGACACAGCAGCCCUCUGCCACCUUCAGCAGGUGACAGCAGACACAGCAGCCCUCUGCCACCUUCAGCAGGUGACAGCAGACAGAGCAGCCCUCUGCCACCUUCAGCAGGUGACAGCAGACACAGCAACCCUCUGCCACCUUCAGCAGGUGACAGCAGACACAGCAGCCCUCUGCCACCUUCAGCAGGUGACAGCAGACACAGCAACCCUCUGCCACCUUCAGCAGGUGACAGCAGACACAGCAGCCCUCUGCCACCUUCAGCAGGUGACAGCAGCCACAGCAGCCCUCUGCCACCUUCAGCAGGUGACAGCAGCCACAGCAGCCCUCUGCCACCUUCAGCAGGUGACAGCAGACACAGCAGCCCUCUGCCACCUUCAGCAGGUGAUAGCAAAGCAGCCCUCUGCCACCUUCAGCAGGUGACAGCAGACAGAGCAGCCCUCUGCCACCUUCAGCAGGUGACAGCAGACACAGCAACCCUCUGCCACCUUCAGCAGGUGACAGCAGACACAGCAGCCCUCUGCCACCUUCAGCAGGUGACAGCAGACACAGCAGCCCUCUGCCACCUUCAGCAGGUGACAGCAGACAGAGCAGCCCUCUGCCACCUUCAGCAGGUGACAGCAGACACAGCAACCCUUUACCACGGGGGGUGUGACAGGUGGAGGCCUCCUCUCGAGUGGGAGCUUGGCAGAAGGACGUGGUGGUGGCUUCUGGUGUGGACAGGGAGUCAGGAGUCUGUUUCUUCCUUGCUGCCUAAUGCUGGAGUGGUUCUCUUGAGGUUGGGCUGCCUCCUCCUGAGUGUCUAGAGGAGGGCAGAUGGAGGUUAGAUGUUAGGAAGAAGUUCUUCACCAGAAAGGUGAUGAGACACUGGAAUAGGUUGCCCAGGAAGGUGGUGGAAGCCUCAUCCCUGGAUGUUUUUAAGGCCAGGCUGGAUGUGGCUCUGGGCAAACCUGAUGGAGUGUGAGAUGUUCCUGCUCAUGGCAAGGGGGGUUGGAGCUGGCUGAUCCUUGAGGUCCCUUCCAACCCUGACACUUGUGUGAUUCU